CCCCGGAGCCGGCCCCGCACCGGGUCCCGCCUGCCCUCCAGGCUGAUGCCCAUCCAGCCCCCCGACCACCCGGCAUGGAGUGAGUCUAUGCACCCCCUCCGGAUAAGCGUGGGGAGCCUCCCGGUGCUGGCGUCCAUGACCAAGGCUGCGGACCCCCGCUUCCGCCCCCGCUGGAAGGUCAUCCUGCCGUCUUUCGUGGGCGCCACCGUCCUCUGGCUGCUGUACUCCCACCGCCCGCCCCCGGGCAGGCCCCCCGUGCCCAAUGCCCACCGCUGGGGGCCCGGCCAGGCGGCCGAGGACCGGUACAACGACACCUACCCGCUGUCCGCCCCCCAGAGGACGCCGGGCGGGACGCGGUACCGCAUCGCGGUCAUCGCCGACCUGGACACGGAGUCGAGGGCCCCGGGGGAGCACACCUGGUUCAGUUACCUGAAGAAGGGCUACCUGACCCUGUCGGACAGCGGGGACAAGGUGUCGGUGGAGUGGGACCAGGGCCACGGGGUCCUGGAGUCCCACCUGGCGGAGAAGGGGCGGGGCAUGGAGCUGUCUGACCUGGUGGUCUUCAACGGCAAGCUCUACUCCGCGGACGACCGCACCGGCGUGGUCUACCGCAUCGACGGCACCAAGGCCGUGCCCUGGGUCAUUCUCUCCGACGGCGACGGCACUGUGGGGAAAGGCUUCAAGGCGGAGUGGCUGGCCGUGAAGGACGAGCGCCUGUACGUGGGCGGCCUGGGCAAGGAGUGGACCACCGCCACGGGGGAGGUGGUGAACGAGAACCCCGAGUGGGUGAAGGUGGUGGACUUCCGGGGCAGCGUGGACCACGAGAGCUGGGUGCCCCAGUACAACGCCCUGCGGGCCGCCGCGGGCAUCCAGCCACCAGGCUACCUCAUCCACGAGUCGGCCUGCUGGAGCGACACGCUGCAGCGCUGGUUCUUCCUGCCGCGCCGCGCCAGCCGGGAGCGCUACAGCGAGCGCGAGGACGAGCGCCGGGGCGCCAACCUGCUGCUGAGCGCCUCACCCGACUUCAGCCACGUGGCCGUCAGCCGCGUCGGGGAGGUGGUCCCCACGCACGGCUUCUCCUCCUUCAAGUUCAUCCCCAACACCGACGACCAGAUCAUCGUGGCCCUCAAGUCCGAGGAGGACGCCGGCCGCGCGGCCACCUACAUCAUGGCCUUCACGCUGGACGGCCGCCUCCUGCUGCCCGAGACCCGCGUCGGGAGCGUCAAGUACGAGGGCAUAGAGUUCAUCUGAGCCGCGCCGGGCCGGGCUGCAGGCGGCCGGUCUCCCAGCCCCAGAGCCCCGGGCGCCUCCGUGGGUCUUUUGCUGUGAUUUUUCCCCUUUGCGGAACGCUGCGGCCUGGGCCUGGUCCGGGCCCCAGGGCAGAGAGGUGGCUGC